UUCUGUUCUAAGACAGCCUACCCCGCCCUCUUCCUUCCUUCCUUCCUUCCAUCCUUCCUAUAUACACCACAUAAAAAGCCAAAACAACGUCAGAGCUACUACUCUUCCCCUCUUCCCUCUUUCCUCUACUGUGUGACUGUGUGUGAGAUGCAGUGAGCAACCCCCAAAACCUCCUCUUCCUGCGUGUGUUUCUUUGAAGCUAUAAGUCUUUCCUUCUCUGGUUUUGUGGGACAAAUUCUGCUAGUCCUUUGAUCAGGAUGCUGUGGAAUACCUUUCAUCAUGUUUCGUCAGUCUCCCUUUUCUUUAAAAUUUUCGACGAUGGAGAAAACUUGACGAGGAAGGGAAAUGGAGAGUGAGAAUGGAGUCCUCAUUCACAGGCUAGGAAGAAAGAACUCUCGACCAUUCUGGACGUUAGUAUGGUUUAUGUGUCCUAGUUUGUUUGUCUGUGAAAUGGAAACAACAAAGAUGAAAUUGCAGACGAUUGGUGGUUGUGGCGGUGAAGGUGGUGGUGCUAUCCUUACACCACCCUCUAAUCAUUCACGCCGUGGAAGCUCCGGCAGGCCCUCUUGGCUUCUCUUCACCAUCGCCGAUUUUGACGAGAGAAUGAAGAUGUUGGCAGUAAAUGUUUCUGAAGAGGACAGUGCUGACAGUUUUGCAAAACGAGCUGAGGAGUAUUAUCAGAAGCGCCCUCAGCUGCUGGCCUUGCUUCAAGAACUGUACAAUGGUUACGUUGCAUUAGCAGACCGCUACUGCCAAGCCCUUGCCAAGAACAAUCAUCACAGGCGCCGAUAUUCGUCUCCCAUUUCGCCCUUCAAUUUCAAUGAGAAUGAUCAGUUUGAUGAGGAGGAUGCAGGAGAUGUUAUUGACUCUGAUGAUGCCGCUAGCUCUCUGUCUUACCAGACUCCCUUUCCAGCAGCAGCAGCAGCACUGGAUCCCGAUAUGAUCGUAGCAGACCUGGUCAUGAAAUCUGUCGACUGUGAUCUCAUCUUAAAUGAGCUCAUUGCUAUGGAGAGGAAGUCGGGCGAGUCCUCGAGGAAAAUAGAGUUGCAGAAGAGCUUGUUGGAUGUGUUGGAGUCGGAGAGGCUGAUACUACUGAAUGAGAAUGCCAGUUUAGUUUACAGAGUGAAUGCAUUGCUGGAAGAGAAUAAGGGGUUGACUUCAGAAUCUUUGUUUAUGAAAAGAAAGGCAGCUGAUCUUGCAAGGUGUGUGCUAAAGCUGAGGGAAGAUCACAGGGUGUGCAUGCUGAGUCGAAAAAUCGAGGAUCUUCAAGGGCAGAUAUGUGGUUUAGAGAAGAAAAACAAGGAUUAUUAUGAUCAGCUUGUCAAACAUGAAGAAGAGAAGAAAAGUAAGGCCAUCACGGUGAAGACUAACAGUAAGAGUCCAGCUGAGGUGACUCUGGAAGACUGCUUUCACGUGAAUGAAGAUGUUUCUUGCUUUGGCAGCCUGGCCAAUAUGAAGAAAGGUUGUCUGCCUACUAAUGGUAGCAUCAAUCGAGGGAGGAGGGCUUCAAGGCUAUGGAACAGGGUCAAGAAGAUUGAUUUCUUUCUCUGUGUACCCCAUGUCAACUCUACAUAAUGCAAAGCAGAAAGAGCAUUUCUGCAAGUAUGAUUGGGAAGAAGAUAGCAGUAUAUAUCCUAGUAGUAUGAAAUGUUUUUGAUAGGUGCAUUCAGUACUGUUUACAGACUACCAAUAUUUCCCCUCCAUGUCAUUAGUCAGUAUUAGCUUGGCAUAUGUAGGAGGAAGUACUUAUGCAACUCUAAGAGCGUUAGUGAUGUAAGGGGAAAAAGAUUGAUGCAACUUCAACUCUAUAUUUAUGGCAAAUAUUUUGAAGAGUAAUGGAAAAACUACCAUCA